AUCAAAAACCGCUCGACCACAACCCUGUUCCUUCUCGGAAGCGAAGAUGAUAAGUCGGCGGUUUAAUCGAUCGGAGACGGAAACGGUUACGGGCCCGUUUAGGAGCGCGUUCUAGCGGGUUUUUUUUGGUUUGCUGAAGAAGUCCUACAAAUUGAUUUUGUCUCAAAGUACAACGGAAAAGACUUGAGAAGCGGCUGCAGGGAAAUAAUAGGUUUCGUUGGAAAUCGUUGCGACCGAAGACGGGCGGUAGACAGAUCAAACAUCGUACAAAGGGAGAAGAUAAGUCUCACGAAAGGACCAACGCGCCAACGAUGGGUACCGAGCCGGGGACGACCAAUUCCUCCGGUUCGGGUGGUUCCGGUUCGCGGGGAGCUAAAAAGCGUGACUCUUGGCAUACCGCGGCGGCACCCGGCACUAACGGAACGUCGACCGAUGGAGGGCACGGCGAGCCACCCGAUACCGUGUCCGAUACGGCAGCCCUCGCCGUGAAAGAAGCGGCCUCUAAUGGAAGUUCGGCCACGAGCAAACCAACGCACCCGGCCACCACCGAGACGGCACAGGUUCUGCAGAGUGGCAAGGAGCGUAGCCUUGUGGUGGCCCUGACGGGUGAACGACGGCGGGAGACCUGGAGCCAGAAGGCGGAGUUUCUGCUGGCGGUGAUUGGGUUUGCGGUGGAUUUGGGCAAUGUUUGGCGAUUUCCGUACAUCUGCUAUCAGAAUGGCGGUGGUGCGUUUCUCAUCCCGUACUGCAUUAUGCUGCUGUUUGGCGGGUUGCCCUUGUUCUACAUGGAGCUUGCCCUGGGUCAGUUUCAUCGGUGCGGCUGUCUGUCCAUCUGGAAGCGCAUCUGUCCGGCUUUAAAAGGUGUCGGGUACGCCAUCUGCCUGAUCGAUAUCUACAUGGGCAUGUACUACAACACCAUCAUCGGGUGGGCCGUUUACUAUCUGUUCGCAUCGUUCAGCUCCGAGCUGCCCUGGACCAAAUGUGGCAAUCCGUGGAACACGGAGAACUGUUCACCGGUCACGGGGAGGGUAAAUGAGACGGUCACCUCCACCGUGGCGACUGCAACGACAACGGCCAUGUCAUCGAUGAGUACGGGUGCAGCGUCGGCCGGUGUGACACUGGUUGCGUCCGCACUGGGUAACUCGACAAUGGGCACCACCCAUUCGCAUUACUACCAGUACGAGCACCACCUGCUGUCCAGCACGCUGCCAACGAUGCUGUCCAAUCUGACCACCAGCACGAUGGCGACGGUCGCUGGAGUGGUCGGAGGUGCCAGCGCUCCCGCUCUCUCCAGCCCAGCUAGGGAAUUUUUCGAGCGGCAAGUUUUGGAGCAGUACAAAUCGAACGGGCUGGACUUUAUGGGACCGGUCAAACCUUCGCUCGCCCUGUGUGUCUUCGGCGUGUUUGUGCUGGUGUACUUCUCGCUGUGGAAAGGUGUCCGCAGUGCCGGGAAGGUCGUAUGGGUGACGGCACUGGCACCGUACGUGGUGCUGCUCAUACUGCUGGCCCGCGGUGUAACACUGCCCGGUGCUGCCGAAGGUAUACGCUACUAUCUAACGCCACAGUGGGAUAAGCUAAACAACUCACGGGUAUGGAUCGAUGCAGCGUCACAGAUCUUCUUCUCGCUUGGGCCCGGAUUCGGUACGCUGCUGGCGCUUUCGAGCUACAACAAGUUCAACAACAACUGCUACCGAGAUGCGCUGCUCACGAGCAGCAUCAACUGUCUCACAAGCUUUCUGGCCGGGUUCGUCAUAUUUUCCGUGCUCGGCUAUAUGGCCCAGGUGCAGAACAAAUCGAUCGAGGAGGUCGGUCUCGAGGGACCGGGUUUGGUGUUUAUCGUCUAUCCGGAAGCGAUCGCCAUGAUGAAGGGGUCCGUCUUUUGGUCGAUCAUCUUCUUCUUGAUGCUGAUCACGCUCGGGCUAGACUCAACGUUCGGCGGGCUGGAAGCGAUGAUAACGGCACUGUGCGAUGAGUAUCCCCGCACCAUCGGUCGUCGCCGGGAGUUGUUUGUGUUGAUACUACUAGGACUUAUUUACAUCUGUGCACUACCCACAAUGACAUACGGUGGUGUGUACUUGGUAAACUUCCUGAACGUGUACGGGCCCGGUCUGGCGAUACUGUUCGUGGUAUUUGUCGAAGCGGCCGGCGUGUUUUGGUUCUACGGUGUGGAAAACUUCUCCGCCGACAUCGAACAAAUGCUGGGCAAGAAACCGUCACUAUUUUGGCGCAUCUGCUGGAAGUACAUCAGUCCGACGUUUUUGUUCUGCAUUUUGAUAUUUUCUCUGCUCGGGUAUGAGGAAAUGCUUGGUGAGGAAUACGAGUAUCCUGAGUGGAGUGUGGCUGCCGGUUGGGCACUGACACUGUCAUCGGUUCUGUGCAUUCCGACGUAUAUGGUUUACAAAUUUUUGAUAAGCCCUGGCAACUGUAAUGAUCGCUUGAGACGCACGUUCAAACCGGAACCGUUAAUACCGACGGCUAUUCCCGGCCAGUUGUACACGGGCACCGCCGUCUGACAUGAUUGCGCGGAAGAAAGCUGCAUGCGGCGUGGCAUCUUCGUGCGCCUCGAUUCACCAACGAACUCCUGCUGUUCCCCAAACGUCACCAUUACCGUCGCUAAUCAUGAUCGUCGUUGUCGUAGUAGUAGUAGUCAUAAUAGUGCUCACCGUUGUAGCCGCGAGCGUAGUAGAGGCUGUAGGAGAAGCAUCAGCAACUGUAGUAGCAACAGCAGUGGCAGCGGCAACAGCUGCGGUAACUAUAGAUGUACGCUUGGUAGGCAAGGCCAGUGCGCCUGUGUCGCCAAUGGUGGGUGUGGUCAGUAUGAUAGUUUUCACGGAUGUGGUGCUGGAAUCGGUCCCACUUGUGUGUUGCUUGUGGAGGAUACGCGCACAACUCCGACCGGUUGCUAUCCGUUCGGGCUGAAGCUGUCCCAGGCCAUUCCGUGCUAUUCCGCGACGAACACGAUCCGGGGAAAGCUCACAUUUCCGUUGGCCACCGAAUGGUUGGUGUAAAUCUUCUGGUGGACAAUGGACGAGGGUGGCCGUUGUCUGUAGCUACAGCCAUCUGCGGACGUACGGUACACGGUUCGUUUGUCCGCUUUUUAAUGCUACAGGAUAUCCUGUAAUAGAUCUACAUCCAUCCAUUCGGCAGAUAGAUAGCAAAACUAGAAGGAAUUGUAUUUUUGAAUGGUGGACAAAAUGAUUGAGCUUGUUAUUAGAGAUUUAUUUUUCAACUUAAGAGAACGAGUAGAUUGAUUAACGCUCCCGCCACAUACCUGUUGUGCUAGACACAGAUGUCGAUGUCGAAAGUAGAUCAAGUUUCCCUUUCCAAGUAGAAACGUGGGACAGAUGAGACUAUUGCUAUAGGGUUAUCGUUGAAUAGUAUCGAUUGUUUUCCAAUCUAGAACCUAAUGUCUCACUAACGACCUCUGACAAGAGCUCAUACAAGGCGAAUCAUGUACGGCUACCGGACAUAAUGCUUGUUGUUAGACGCUUUUAUAAAGUUUUACAUAUUUCUAGCGAACGAUACAACUUAUAGUAGACUAAUUGGAAGAACAUAUUUAAACCGAUAUUUAUAUCUCCAUAUACUAGGAUUUAUAUACAUACUUGGAAUGUUAGCUAAUAUAAAAUGUGUGCAGCGUAAAAUCUGUUGGGUGUUGCAAGGUAGGAUUAUUUUUAUGGAAACUAAUCGUAGCAAUAAGUAUGGUAUGAACAAUAGCUGGUACACCGAACAGUACAUUGGCGUUGAAAAAAGCCUGUCAUGAGCAACGACCACAGAUCCUGUACAAAUCCUGUACAACGCAUCUCACAAUACGAACCUGAUGUUAUGAAGAUCAUCGAUGACGAUCAUCGAAUAUGUUUGACAGUAAAGACUAAGUUGAGAAAAAAUGACUACAUUUUACACUUGUUUAUUGCCUUACUCUACAUCUGCGCAGUUAUUGGUUUUAUAAUGACAGGACAAGGAAAAGUAAACAAUAAUUACACUAGUGCUCGAUGAAUGUUAAAGGGUAGGACAGUAGAAAACGAACAGCAAUACAGCCAUUUGCUGUUCGGUUUUUGUGAAACGUGGAAAGAUCAGACUCUGCUAAACUAAAGGGCACAUCCCGAUGUUGAUGGUAAGACGAGCGAUAUUUAUUCAGAGUUUAUUUUGUUAACAAGGUGUUAUACGAAUCUCGUUCGUUGGAACACAAAAGAAAACAGUAACACGGACAAUAAAGUUCUUUGAAGUUUGGUUUGCUUUCAUAAGUUAAA